UCUCGUCUCCCCGCCUCAGUUCAGCUCACGCAGAAAAAGCAAAAACCGCCAUGGAUCCAUCGGAGCAACUCGCUGGAGGACAGCCACGUCCGCCGUCGCCUCCUCCUCCGCCUCCUCCGCCUCAAAGCUCCGCACCGCUCUCCUUCCUCCUCUUCUUCAUCGCCAUUCUGUCGUUCAUCGUGAUUCCAUCUACAACAACUGUCAAGAACAGCUUAAGUGUUCUACAUCAAGUGCCAGAAGGUCAUGUCGGGGUGUAUUGGAGAGGUGGUGCCCUCCUCAAGACAAUUACUGAUCCCGGUUUUCAUCUGAAGCUGCCUUUGAUAACUCAAUACGAGCCUGUUCAAGUGACCCUUCAGACUGAUCUGGUUACGGAUAUUCCUUGUGGUACAAAAGGAGGUGUUAUGAUUACCUUUGAGAAGAUAGAGGUCGUGAACCGCCUCCGCAAGGACUAUGUUUAUGACACGCUGCUUGAUUAUGGGGUCCACUAUGACAACACAUGGAUAUAUGACAAGAUUCAUCAUGAAAUCAAUCAGUUCUGCAGCUCUCACUCGCUGCAACAAGUAUACAUCGAUGUGUUUGAUCAGAUUGAUGAGAAGAUGAAGGAAGCUCUUCAAGUUGACUGCACACGAUAUGCUCCCGGUAUUGAGAUACUCAGUGUGCGUGUAACGAAGCCAAAUAUUCCAGAUAGGAUUAGGAGAAACUUUGAACAGAUGGAAGAGGAAAGGACCAAGGUCUUAAUUGCGAUAGAGAAGCAGAAGGUUGCCGAGAAAGAGGCAGAAACAAUGAAGAAGAUGGCUAUCAGUGAAGCCGAAAAAAAUGCCAAUGUCAGCAAGAUCUUGAUGGAGCAAAAGUUGAUGGAGAAAGACAGUUCCCGGAAGCAGCAAGAGAUAGAGAAUCACAUGUACUUGGCUCGUGAGAAGAGUCUUGCAGAUGCUGACUUCUAUCGUGUGAUGAAGGAGGCUGAAGCAAACAAAUUGAAGCUCACUCCGCAGUUUCUCGAGCUCAAAUUCAUAGAGGCCAUCGCAGGAAACACCAAGAUUUUCUUUGGUAACAAGGUGCCAAACAUGCUCUGGGAUCAGAGAUUGCUCGGGAGCUUCCUGCAGAAUAUGACGAGGGUAGUCUCCGAAGUGGCGUCUACAGAUGGAAAGUCACAAUCCUCUUGAGCUUUGUGAUCAGUACGCCAUCAAACACGUGAUCAGCGCAAUAUAAACGCUGAUACAUAUCUUAAUUGUAGCUUGACAAGAAUCGAUCGCAUGUAAUCCUUUGCAAGCUCAGGUUGUUGCAGGAGUUUGGCUGUUUAGUGAUCUAUAUGCUGCUUGUAGGAAUGAAAUGAAGAGAUUUUACAACUCGGGCUGGAAAGGGAAAGCCAUAUCUGCAAUAUUCAUGUUUGAUAUUCAGUGAUCUAUACAAACACGGAAAAGCAUCCGAUGCGACUAUAUGUCAUCAAA